AUGCGGCUGUCGUGGACUGUUAUCUGGGGCAGCCUGAUCUGCUGGACAAUUCUGCUAGUGGCGCCCUGUAGUGGUGCAUGUGACUGGCCUCCGCUGUUCGAUGACCUCCAGUUACGGUGCGUGUGUGGGACUGGUGGAAAUUUGCGUUUGACAGUGCAGUGUGGAUCUGUGCAACUUCCACGCCUUGUAGAGGCUCUGCAGUCCAAGCCUCCAUUGGAUCUUUUGGCUGUUAUCAAUGGAACUAUCACAUCAUUAGAAGACGGAUCUUUCACUGGGUUGGACGUUAGGACUAUCCAGUUAUCGAGUGUGGGACUGAGUGAGAUCUCCCCUCUCGCUUUUCAAGGUCUCGAAAGGACGUUAAGCAGUUUAAAUUUAGAACAAAAUGAGCUGAGGGAGAUUCCAUCUCAAUCAAUCAAGCGAUUGACAAAUCUUAAGGAGCUUGAUUUAUCACGCAAUCGAAUAACGGAGAUACCGGAUGCUGCUUUUAAUGGCUUGACUCUGACUACGCUGAAAUUAGCGGAUAAUCCUUUAACAAUAAGCGAUGCUGCCUUCAAAGGUCUGGAAUCAACUCUCCAUAACCUCAACCUAAAAGGUACGGGUCAGGUGAAAUUGCCGACCGCCGUCAAGCAACUUUCCGAACUUUCUUUUUUAGAUUUGUCCCAGAACAAGUUCUCGGUAAUGCUUCCGGAUGACUUCCAAAACCUUCGACAGCUGACGGCCUUGACCCUGGAAAGGAAUAUGGUCAGCUCGGUCGAUCCACGGGCCUUCGCUGGCCUCAACGGCACACUCAGCUCUCUGUCUCUCCUCAACAACAAAAUCGAAGAAUUCCCUACAGACGCCAUCAGACCCCUCAUCCAGCUGAGGGUGCUCGAUAUGGGUUUUAAUCGUAUGAGAAAUAUUCCUGAGGAUGCUUUCAUUGGGAAUCAACUUUUGACUCUCCUUGCUUUGGAUGGCAAUCCUCUUAGCACGUUACCAGAAGCUGCUUUCCUCCAUCUGAAUUCUACUCUACGAGGACUAAGUGUUGGAGGUAGCACCCUCGUGUGUGAUUGUAGAGUGAGAUGGAUCGUCGAGUGGGUUCAGAAAUAUGAUCUUCAAGUAACAAGUAGAGAAAGAAACCCUCAAUUUUGUGGUCGACCGACAAAUUUCCGUAGGAGAAUCCUACCGCAGAUGUCACCAACUGAAUUUAAGUGCGACAAUGAAUUUUCCAGCAGUAGCACUGUGGUGACUUCUUUACCAACAACUAUUACUUCACAGACACAGCUUCCGUCCCAGCGUCCUACUGUCGCUGCUAGCGGCCGAGAUUUAAGGGCCCCCAGAACAUCCUCCCUUGAGCAACUUCGAUUAACUGAAGUCAUAAGACGAGGCACUGAACUAACCGUAAAAUGGGAAGGCUACAAAGAAGAUAACAUUGUGCGGGCAAGAUCAGCAACACCUGUUCAUGCCAUGUACCGUGUAUUUGGGGAAUCGCAUUUCCAAUUAGGAGGCACAGCUAAUCCCACUUCUGGCUGGAUCCAGUUUCUUGUACCGGAAAGUAAGCCUGUUGUCGUUUGUGUCGUUGACACUGCCCAAGCUGCUACCCUGUCUGCUAAUUCCGUGCCCAGGAACCAGUGCAACGAAGUAGUGGCAGAAAAAGUUUCAGACUCGCAGCUAAACAAGAUUAUUAUAGGCUCAUCAGCAGCCGUUUGUGGCAUGAUCAUCAUAGCUGUUAUUAUAUUCGUGUGUUGUUCUAGACGUUCUGGCAAAAAGCAGCCUGUUCCGAGACCUGUAAUGAAAUCAGAACACGAAUGGGAGACUUCUUCUUUGUAUAGCGGUCGAAGCAUUCCCCGAGCUAGGGCUUAUCAUGGAUCUGUCAACCCUUCUUACCUUCAUGAUCCACGAACACCAGAUGAUGUGCAAUCUUUCCGAUCAUUGCCACCUGCCAGAGCUCACCGGGGAGGACACAUGAUGGGAAAUAGGGACAUGCAUAAUUCUCAAAUUGCAUUAUCUCAACUGUCAGGCCAUCAUUCCUUCCUUGGGACUUAUGGAGGGGAGCCACAUCACAACGGCUGGAGUCAGCACCACUGGGACAAUGGUGAUGCUUAUUCAGAGAGACAUGCCCCCUCAAGGCUUUCUUAUGGCAAAGAUAAUUUUAGUUAAAUUAUCAUCCAUUGUGCUCCAUCCAUUGCUACAUUUUAAAAUGUUUCAGGCUGCUACAAACAGCUUGUCGUACAAACAUCUAAUUUCUGAGCAGUUUUUCAAGAACUCUUGUGUAUUAUUCAUGUGUCAGAUUCAAACUUUUAUCAUAUUCUGCAUAAAUAACUUUCACAUCAUGGGCAGCUAGCUAGCUUGAAGUUAUGCAAAGCCAGAUCAUAAUGGAAUCUAUAAAUCCCGUGUUUGGACAGGUUCAGAAGUGUAAAAUGAUUUUAUUUUCCUGUCUGUAAUUGAUGCUAAGAGAAUAAAUGAGAAAGGCAUGAUGACGGAAUACAGAAAUCAUGGGAAAUUUGGUUUAGGCGGAAAAACGAAAAUGGAAAGGUUUAGGACUGUAUCAAUAUUGUGAAGUUGCUAACAUUUCUUUGUUGUUGUCUUAAGAUAUGUUGAAUGUGAAUCAUUUCUCAAUGUUUGGUGUAAAAUCUUUUUCUUACUAAUUCAUAAAAUCGAUUUUUGAUUCUGUUUGUGACAUUACUCCAAAAAUGUUCUUCUUGUGAGUUAAAAUACUUAACUGUAUUCCUCAUUUAGGUUGUUUAUGAAAAAGUUGUUGAGUUUCAAAAGACAGAAAAAAAUUAAUAUUUUACUCUUUCAUUGCUAUUAGUGAAAUACUCCUUUCCUACGUACUGGAUAAAAAAUUUCGACGCUUUUUUAUCAGUUUUUCAAAUUCUAGUAGCCCUAUUUCUUUAUUUAAAAAUGCCAGUCAGUGUACUAUACCCACUUUAAUGCAUAUGCUAUAGCUGUCAAACCAAAAUCAUAGAAAACUAUUUUCGUAAAUUAAAUGCAUAAACCCUCCAACUGACCAUGCCGUAUAUAUUUUGUAACAUAUUUUCAGAACAGAAUAUUUUUUGUAACACCUUUAAAUAAGUAAUAUACCUGCAUAGCCAAGAAAUUAAAGCAGCAUAUUAAAAACAAACUUGGGCAUAAAAAUAAAAAUGUUAUUUUAAUCAAGGAAAUACCUCAUUCUCACUGCAGUUUUGGAAAAUUUAUAGUUUCGAGCCAAAUUCUUGGUUUGGCUGGCUGAAAUACCUUUACUCCAAAAGUUGGCAAGAAGAGUAGGAUCCCUCCUUCUUUCUUUAAAACGUUCUAUAAAAAAAUCUACCACGUUUUAUUAAUUUCGAUGUGAAAAAUUGUAUUGUCAUUUAACUGUCUACUCAUCUAAUAUAAACUUAAUAAAAAUUCGGAAUAUCGGUAAAAAUACGUAAAAUUUCAUAGCUUUCUGACUGAUGGCUUUGUAACAAAAACAUUUGAAUUAAUUAUUUGUAAAAUUUCCUUCCGUAGGGAGAAAAACGACUACAAAUGAGCAAAACGGAUCAUUUGCACAAAAGGUAGAUCAUUUUACAGGUACAUUGGGUCGGCCUUUUGGCAUGUGUCCUUACUCUGUAUUCUAACAAUGCAUUCCUUCAAUACAAAUACGAGUUUUAUCUUAAUUUUAAGUUUUUACCUCUAUCCUUUAAGUGCCAUUUAUCGAAAUUCGAUUGGCAUCUGAAGAAAUCGAAAAGCUGCAGACGGAAAGUUUCACUUUUACUAAUGUUAUUUUUAAUUGAUUACUGAACAGUCAUUGCCGUAGCAAGAACUUUUGACGUCCAGGGUGGUCCCUGAUCUUGCCUCCCGUUCGGGACCUCGAAUUUCCCGGCUCUCUUUACAUAUAAAAAAAUAAUUUAAAAGAAAUGCCAAAAUGAUGUAUUAGAAAAUAAAUAUAAAUUAUUUUUGGAAUUUUUACAUUUUUAUAAUAUUUUAAAAUUAUAUCAUUACUUUGCUUGCUUUUUUGUUCUCAAACCCAUACCACAGAAGUCUACUUGGUCGCUCCAACUGUUCCAUAGCGCGAAACUUUAAGACCAUUUUAGUUUGAACAAGGUAAAUUAAACCGCAUUGGCAAGGAAUCCUGUAUAUACUCCAGAAAUGGUGUCCUUAAAUAUGGAAUUGCGAAUUUUAUUGACAGAAGAAAAAAAGACUCAAAUGAAUCUUAUCACUGUCUUCUCUUUCGUCAUUUGCCCUUCUGCAGCUCAAGGGGAAUGCUCUAUAUUUAAACCUCCGAAACUAGUCCAGCAAAUUAAUGAAUAUUACGUUUAUUCUUGCUGAUUUAGCUUCUCUAAUAAUUGUUAUUUGACGUGUUAUUUUAACUCAAAUACGAACAACUUUAGAAAUUAACUUUUAAUUAGCAACUGAAGUGUUCUAGCGACAUAAGAAAUAAUGCCAGAAAAACUAUUUCUGAUAACUGCAGUUAUAUUUGGCAAAUGCAGUUAAUUGAAGUUUUGAACGAAAUGAAUUUAAUUUAAAUAGCAGUUGCAAUAAAUUCAGUUUCUUUCUUUCCUUUUUUUCUAUUUAAGUUUUUUGUAAAAUAUUUUUACAUUUUUAGAUAUGCAAUUGCUUCCCAAGUAUUUUUUAUGUACCUUAUAAAAUAGUUUCUUUAUGCUUUUAUUAAAUGAUGUUUUACUGAGAAUUAUGCCUACUUCAAAAAUGUAUUUAUAAUAAUUUUGUUGUUAUUUUAUUGUAUUUAUUGCGGUUUCUGUUUUACACUUGGUUAACUAAAGUAACUUCUCGCACCUUUUAUUUUUGAUCACUUCAUUACAGAUUUUAAGAUGAAGAAAAAUUUAUAAAAUCUAAACUGUGAAGACAGCAUUUGUUUUACGGGAAGAAAGUUACAGAAUAUAAAAUUUAAUACUUUGCUUUGCUUCUUCAAAAUGAAGUGGAAUUUGUUGCGUAUGCAAAAACAGCAAACUAAAAAUCUAACUUACAUUUUCUUAACGUAUAGUUUCCUUUACUCUAUUUUAUAUAUUCGCAUAUAUCUAUUCGAUGAGUAAAGGAAAUUUUUCUUUAUGCAAGCAUAUGUAAAACAAAUUAUUUUCGUGACUGGCAGUUCUAAUGUAAGUGACCAACCCACACACAAAUUAUACCGAUUAAAAAAUUAUUGCUACAACGCAGGAAUAAAUAGGAAUACAAAAUUUGAAAUGGCUGGAGUGUUGGUGGAGAACUAAUGAGAGAGUAAACUAAUUGUACUUUUUACAUUAUUAGCAAUCAUUGCGAGUUUUCACUCCUAAACCAUAUUUAUUUAAAUUAUAGCAUCAUCUACCCCGUAUUUAUCAGCUAACCCUAGAGCUAUUUUUGCUUUCAUUCAUAAGACGCAUUUUUUUCAUUGGCAGAUAUGAAAAUUCUAAGUCAGGAUUUCGCAGGAUCCAUUCGAAGCUGACUUUUUACCAUUGUGUUGAACAUAUGGUGUACAUAUGUAAAGUUGUUAAAGGAGUAGCAUAUAUAUAAAUAUAUAAGUGGAUAUAUUAAUGACAUCCAAGGUAAUGUUUUGUUUUUUUGCCAAUCAUGUGUAUCUUUCUGUGUUGCGAAAUAAAGCUAUUAAUAUAGAA